GUGAUCUGUAUUGACUGCUGCAGAGCGGCCAGGAGGAGGGUGGAUCUCCCGAGAGCGGAGCUCCGUAAGUCCUCCUCCACCUCGUCCUGCCGCCCAGGCUCCGCCGCCGGCCGUCAGACUCUGUCCUUCUGUCGCUCCCAGCGCGGAGCCUCCCGGACUACAAGGGCCGAGCACUUUCCGGCCGGAGUGAGCUUAGCCGCGGCUUCGGAAGCCUGCGGGGCCGCGGACCGGCUUGCGGUGCAGGUUCCGCCCUGUUACUUAUUUCUCAACGUUGCUGAAGUCAAGUCAUAGCGUGGUAGUCAAACCUCUGGGACUGGGAUUCUUCUUAAUCAGUUGGUGACAACUCUGUGACACAGGAUGGCUGCAAAUAAGCCCAAGGGUCAGAACUCUUUGGCCUUACACAAAGUCAUCAUGGUGGGCAGCGGCGGCGUGGGCAAGUCCGCUCUGACGCUGCAGUUCAUGUAUGAUGAGUUUGUGGAGGACUAUGAGCCUACCAAGGCGGACAGCUAUCGCAAGAAGGUGGUGCUGGACGGGGAGGAGGUGCAGAUCGACAUCCUGGACACAGCUGGGCAGGAGGACUACGCCGCCAUCCGAGACAACUACUUCCGCAGCGGCGAGGGCUUCCUCUGCGUCUUCUCUAUCACCGAGAUGGAGUCCUUUGCAGCCACGGCCGACUUCAGGGAGCAGAUUUUAAGAGUAAAAGAAGAUGAGAACGUUCCAUUUCUGCUCGUUGGAAACAAAUCAGAUUUAGAAGAUAAAAGGCAGGUUUCUGUAGAAGAGGCAAAAACCAGAGCCGAUCAGUGGAAUGUUAACUACGUGGAAACAUCUGCUAAAACGCGAGCUAAUGUUGACAAGGUAUUUUUUGACUUAAUGAGGGAAAUUCGAGCCAGAAAGAUGGAAGACAGCAAAGAAAAAAAUGGAAAAAAGAAGAGGAAAAGUUUAGCCAAGAGAAUCAGAGAAAGAUGCUGCAUUUUAUAAUCAAAGCCCAAACUCCUUUCUUACCUUGACCAUACUAAUAAAUAUAAUUUAUAAGCUUUGCCAUCGAAGGCUCAAUUGACUGAAAUUACUUUAACAUUUUGGAAAUUGUUAUGUAUCUAAAAGCAUGAAUUGGAGCUGCACUGAAAGUCAAAUUCACUUAAAAAAGAAAUUAAUGUGGCUUCACCAAGAAGCAGAGUUCAACUUAUUUCAUGAUUGCCUACAUUUAUCACGGUCCUGAAUGUAGCGUGGGAGCUUGCGUUUUGCCGGUGGUCUGUCUUGAACUGUUCAAGAGGUGAGGUGGGGGUGGGCAACGGGAGGAAAGGCUACUUCCUCUGGUUGAUUAUAAAGCUUCAGUUUUAUAUCAUUUUAAAAUGUCUUGGUCUUCUACUGCCUUGAAAAAUGACAAUUGUGAACAUGAUGUUAAACUGUACCACUUUUUUUAACCAUUGUUAUGCAAACUAUAGAAGAAAAAGUUACUGGCAUGGUUGUUGCGUAUAGUUAAAUUGAGAGUGAUUCAUCUGUGAACCUGCAUUAAUUACCUGGUGAUUAACUUGGAAAAGUGGUGUAAACUUGUACAUGGAAAUGUUUUAAUAUGCCUUAAUUUAGAAGCCGAAAACUACCCGGUUCCAUCAUUCUGGGUGUGUCCUCACUGCGUGGGCCCACUGCCCGCGUGUCCUGGUGAGGGGAUGUGUGUCUAGAAUGGAGGACAACUUUUGUAUAGAAGAUUCUCAAGAAACAGCUCUGCUAGGAGUCUGUCCCAAUUUAAAAUGUGUGCCAUACUCUGGUUCUUGCAAGUAAGGUUCCAGAGCUCCUUGUUUGCUUUUGAUUAACUGUAAGGGAGUUUCACGUGAAGGGCCAGCAUAUACUUGUAACAUAAUUGUAGACUGUGAGGAUUCAUUACCAGCUGUGGUUCAGUGAACCCUCUUUCUUUAAGAUGCUGGUCCCUGGAAAUCCCCUUCUGCAAGCGGUGAGCGUGUGUUCAGUUUCUGGUCUCCCUGGAGCAGGGCCCGGGAAAGGCGUCAGCAGCGCUAAUGCGUUCUGCCCCAGAACAGCUCGGGAAAGCGAGCCUGCCGCCUGCCCCCUCCUGAAUCUGGACUCAUGAGGCUGCAGUCUGGCUGUACGGGGGUUAUUAGCAGUGUCUGCUGCAGUCUGUGUGUGUUCAUAAGGAAGAACACUGUAGCUCCAUUUUCCUAAGGUCAACAUCAACCAACCAAACCUGAGGAUAGUGCAGAAAACACGUCUGGCACCAAACAGUAGGCCCGUGUGCCCUGGUGCGCUGUUUGGGAACAUAACUUCAAUGGGAAAUGUACCACUGUCAGAUUCUUCUUUUCUCUGGACUGGGACUAAGACAGUUGAUUCAACAAAGUUUUUCUUUCUUUUAGCUCAGUCCUAAUCUCGACAACUCAAAGAUGUGUUCAGGCAUUCCAAGUAACAGAUAUGUACGUAAAGUUAACAAAAACAGGCUUUUUAGGAACUGAAUUCUUUAGAUACUACAUCUGGCUUGUCAUGUUAAAUAUUUGUCCUUAAAGGGUUUGAGAUGUACAUCUUUUACUUCGUAUUUUUCAUAGGCUAUGCCGUGUGCAGAUUUAAAGUUACCAGUGUAACCCCGGCCCCGCGGCCCAGCGAUCACCAUGUGUCCUUGUCGCAGUCUCAUCCAACCAGGGGUCCUAACCACUAACAUUGUGACUUUGCUUUGAGACCUUUCCUCUCCUGGGUACCGAGGUGCUAUGAAGCCAAAUGACAAAGAUGCAUCACAUGUCUUAGGCUGAUGCCACUACCCGAUUGGUUUAUUUGCAAUUUGAGCCAUUUAAAGACCAAUAAACUUUCUUUUUUAAAAA